CUCGAAAGGCCCCUUAAGUGGGCAACUUAAACUGUUCAGAUUCACACAUAGUCUAGCACCAAAGAUGAAGUAUCAAUUAAAUGUUAUAUCUACUCCUGCGAGCGAUACAGAACAAUCACUCUGUUUAUUCUUCCCAAAUGCUAGAUAUUUAUUCGGUAUUCCAGAAGCAACAACAAGAAUGUGCAUACAGAGGAAACAAGCGCUUAAAAAGCUUAGAGCAGCUUUUCUUUCACGCUCAACAGAUGGCGGUUUGGCUGGACUGACGAUGUCCUACGCUGAUAGCACUGGACAGGGCACACUUAACGUUGGUGGACCAGAGGGUACAUUACAUAGAGUAUCCGGUAUGCGUUAUUACAAUAAGAGAGAUCAUCUUAAAGUUAACGUAUUGGAGAGUUUAAUUGGCGAUAGAAAUGAAGAUGCACUCUAUUCUGAUGAAUUUGUAGAUGUAUACGCUGUCACUACGAAUGAAGCCCGUGAAGCUCGCUCACGUACGCCAAGUUCAUCAGGAAGUGAUUCACCUUCAACAAGCCCGAGACGGAAUAGUUUAUCUUUUGAGGAGAGCUUAAAGUAUAAGACGAGUAUCAUAAAUGAAAUAUUCCCAGGUCUACCACUCAAUCCAGAUCAAGAUGCUAUGAAAUUGGGUGGGGAUGCCAUUGAAGAUAUUCCAUCAGGAAAUGACGCCAAGUUGUCCCGGCGUUUGGCUAGAUUGCCAGCACCUAGAUAUACGCGUCUAGAUACUGCUGCCAGUUAUGUCGUCAUGGGUAAACCAAUGAGAGGCAAAUUUAACAAUGAAAUAGCAAAUCAAUUACAGGUCCCUGGUCCGCUUAGAUCUAAACUGACCAAGAAGGAGAGUGUUAGUUACAAAACGAAGGAUGGUACAGAUGUGACUGUUUCACCUGAGCAGGUUAUGGCACCUGAUACAGAUCCAACUGUAUUCUUUGUACUCAACGUGCCUAAUCUGAAUCAUGUCGAUAGUCUUGUCAAUUCACAAACAUGGAAGAGGCAUAUGCAAACUAACAAACCUCACAUUAUCGUUCAUAAUAUCGGAUGGGGUGUCCUUGAAAAUGAGAAGUACGUGGAUUGGUUAAAAUCAUGGGGAACCGCAACGCAUCAUCUUAUAUCAUCCCCUGAAUACACUCCAAACAAUAUCUCUUUACCUUCAUCAUUCUUGUCAGUGAAAAGAGCUAGUCACUUGUCUGAAGUAUUCAAGACGCCGCUUUAUUCUCUCGACGCGCCACGAAAAUUGCCUGAAUCGCUCACUUCUGAAGUUAACAUAGAAAUAUUAGACAAACAUCACUUGGCGGAGCUCAACCCACCGCAAGCUCCAGCAAUUGAACCAACGUUAAUGAGUGGCUUACCACCAGGCUUCGAUAUACAUGAAGAUACCAGCGAAGAAGAUCUUUUAAAACAAGGUUUGACUGACAAAUCAUGGGAAAACUACUCGAAAGCUUGCGAAGCAAUUAAGAAAGAGGUAGCCGGCUUGACACCACCAGAAGAACAACCUGGUGAUGAUGUCGUUGUUACUACUUUAGGUACCGGUAGUGCUUUGCCUUCUAAGUAUCGUAACGUAUCUUCAACUUUGUUGCAAACUCCAUAUGGUCAUAUCCUACUUGACGCUGGUGAAGGCACCUGGGGUCAGCUUAGUAGAAGAUUCGGUGAUCGUUCAAGACAAACACUACCAAGAGAUGGCGAGGAAGAUGCAUGGGAUGUGCUUAGAAACACCAAAGUCAUUUACUUGAGUCAUGUCCAUGCCGAUCAUCACAUAGGGUUAGCUAAGUUGCUUUUACUCAGAGCCAAAGCAGUAAAACAAGACAAUCCAGUGACAAUCAUCUGUAAUCAUCUCAUACGUACAUACCUUCUCGAGCAAAACGAAUUAGAGUAUUUAGGUAUUGGAAAGAAGGUUAAAUUUGUCGAUACAGAAGCUUUACUUUAUAAUAAAGAUACUAAUGUUGAUUUAACGGGAUGGAAAAAAUUGCAAAUGGAGGAAGCAACGACGAAUUUGAAUUCACUCCGUCAAACUCUCAAUCUUAAAGACGUUAAAACGGCUUUGGUAAAGCAUAGAUGUAAAUGUCAUGGUGGUAUCUUCGAAAGUAAUGAUGGAUGGAAGGUAGUAUACUCAGGGGAUACGAUGCCAUGUGAUAGUCUCGUGGAAGCUGGUAAAGAUGCCACAUUGCUGAUACAUGAAGCAACAAUGGAGGAUGGAUUAGAAGAGACUGCAAAAGCUAAGGGACAUUCAACAAUUGGACAAGCAAUUGAUAUUGGGAAAUCUAUGAGUGCAAAGAAGAUCCUUCUCACGCAUUUCUCUCAACGUUACUCGAAAUUGGCGCAUUCUUCUGAAUCUGAGAAAGGAACACAUAUUAUUGCACACGCAUUCGACUUACUCAGUUUACGAGUUGGUGACAUGUGGAAGAUGUCACAUUACAAUUCACCAUUGUCAUUCCUACUAGCUCAGGAAGCUGCUGGAGAUGAAAGCGAAGAUGCUACAGAAGAGCAAGCUGAAGAUAAUAACUCUGGCAAGAAAGCCAAUAAGAAAUCCAAUAAGAAACAGAAUAAGGAGAAACGUAAGCUCGAUUCACCUAAUAGUAAAGAGAGUAACAAAAUCAAUCAGCAAAGACAAAAGAAAAAUAAAGUUGAACAGUAG